UUGCUCUCCCCAGAGAGUGAGAGAGAGAGAGAGAGAGCUCGAAUAAUCCAUGAGAUAGAUCUUGCGCUACAGCAUCGGGUUGAAAGCGCUCUCCUUUCUUCUUCCUCCUCCCUCUUUGACUUUGAUAUGGAGGCGUUGCGCGGAAGCAAGAAUACAGGAGCUGCUUCUCCCCAAUCUGUGGUCGAAUUGUUAGUGGCGGAGACCGUAUUGGCUGCUGAAAGGUCGCUCCUUUGCUUUAUUCUGGCGGUGGGCUCUAUAUCAAGUCAAACUGGUCCGCGGAAUGAAGGAUCGGAAGUAAUUUUAGGGAUACUCCGACGAAGCAAACCUGAAGCUGUUCCCGAGAACAAGGACGAUGGCGAGUCAGAUGAUGACAAUGAUGAGGAUGGGGACAGUCAGGAAGACGGAGGUAAAGAUGAUUUCUCUGGAGAGGAGGGGAACGAUAACGAAGGAGAGAAUGAUGAUCCCGAGGUCAAUGGUGGAGGAGGAAGCGAAGAAGAGGAUGAGGAAGAUGAUGAGGAGGACGAUGAUGAAGAGGAGGAUGAGGAUGAGGAUGAGGAAGAGGAUGAUGAAGACGAGGAUGAGGAACUCCCACAACCACCUUCCAAAAAGAGGAAGUGAGGAGAUGCUACGUCCGUUCUUGCAUAUAGUUUCAUAUUGGCUAGUUUUGAUUAGACCUUAGCAUUAAGGUGGGUUUAGUUUGUGGUUGGGAAUGAUUCCCUAUAGGUUAGGUAAGCGAUGACCUCCUGUGUAUGAACUUUACUAUAUGUAUUAAUCUUAAACAUAACAAUAUUGCUACUCUGAGUCAGCAUUCGAUAUAUACUCAAAGCUUGCCUCAUUUUCA